AUAGAAUACUCACCCGGCAAGCUGAAUAUAUUUGCGGACGCGCUUUCGCGCAUCUACUCUAAUGAAGGGGUGGGCACGGUCAGAAGCCAAGGCGAGUAUGUAACAGGCAAGGAUAGAGUGGAUGAGGACGAAGGAGACUCACCCAUGAAAUUGAUGUAUGUCGAUACAUCUGUAUUGCCUAGCAGCCCAGUAGUGUUUGGCGAAGGAGUGGCAGCCGAGAUGGCAUUAGCACUCAUGAACAUGGAGAUAAGGACUAGAGCGCGAUUAAAGCGAGCGGCAAAGGAGGAUGUCAGUUAUGCGCAAACCCAAGAGAGGAAGCGGAGGGCGCACAACUCACCUGAGCCAGAGCCUACAGCUAGCUUGAAAACCCAGCGGAAGAGAGGUAGACCAAAAAAAAUGGUAGACGGUCAUGACCAUGAACUUCCCAGGGGAGAAGCCAACCAAGGAGCGAAGGAGCCGCCGCGGUCGAGACCGCCGAAGUCACCAGAAUCAUAUGACCCCGAGUUGAGCCCGGAGUCGGAGGAGGAGAAGCCCAGUGACUACGAGUCACAGGCAUCUACCGAACUAAAUCAUGAGAGACAACAAGAGUUGAUCAGUGAAAUGGAGGAGGUAGCACAUGAACUAGAGGAAGGGCACGUGAACGCACGGGUCGGAGAGCCAACGCCCAUAGAAAGAGUAGUGGAAGCACAACUAACGGACGUCAUAAAUGAGUAUGACUUACCCAACGAUCUCCAAGGACGCUAUGGGGAGGAUUCAUUCUUCAAGAUAGUGCUUGAGAAACCGAAGCAUUACACAAACUUCGAAGUGGUUGGAGAACCUGGGAAGGAGUUAGUGUACCAGAGAGCGGGAGAAAGAAGAAUCUUGUGCAUACCUGAUAUCAAGAUGGGGCAGCGGCGAGUAAGGGAAAUAGUGAUAUCCCACGCCCACUCGAUCCUAGCACACUUGGGGUCGAGAAAGACAUUAUGGUACCUCCGGGAGAAUGUGUGGUGGAAGGAGAUGAUUAAGGAUAUUGCAGACUAUUGUAAGACCUGCGAGGUGUGUGCGCGCACAAAAUCCUCCAAUCAGACGCCUAUGGGCCUCCUUCACCCACUGCCGGUACCCAAGCGCCCAUGGGAACAAGUCGGUGUAGAUUUCGUAGGGCCACUACCAUUAGCCAAAAGUAAAUAUGGCGAGUUCGACCAGGUAGCGGAAGUCUUCUACGAAACGGUCUACAAGCUCCACGGCCUGCCAGAAAGAAUCGUGUCCGACAGGGAUAAGAUUUUCACGUCAACAUUCUGGCAGCGUCUUCAUCAGCUAAUGCGGGUGCAAUUGAAAAAGAGUAGCACAUACCAUCCACAAACCGACGGAGCAACAGAAAGGGCAAACCGCACGAUGAUGCAAAUGUUAGUGCAGGCUAUAGGUGGAAGGGACGCGAGAUGGAUUGAGCGUUUACCAGCGAUCGAAUGGGCGAUGAACGCGGCACGAUCAGAGACCACCGGGUUCUCACCAUUUUUCUUAAAUUUUGGAUACCGUCCGAGACCACUGAUAUGGAAUAAUGCCGACAAAGAUGAAUAUCCAGGAGUACACGCCUUCGCGCAGCGGAUGAAAGAUGCCAUUAUGCAGGCGCACGACGCCAUAUUGGAAAAGCGGGUGAAGCAGACCGGGGACUUGGUGUACCUUAGCACGAAAAACUUGAAAUUGCCGAAGGGCAAAUCAAGGAAACUAGUGCCAAAAUUUAUCGGACCAUUCUCAGUGACAGGAGAAAUUGUGGAAGGGACGACGUACAAGUUGGACCUGCCAAAUUACCUCAAGGAAAGGGGCGUUCAUAACGCAUUCCACGCAUCGUUACUCCGUAUCUACGAACCAAACUGUGAUACGCGAUUUCCGGGUCGACAGUUCGAGCAGCUGGCAGCCUUUGGUGGCGACGAAGGGACCUGGGAGGUCGAACGCAUCAAGAGCCACUACCGGCAUGGAAAGGAAUCGUUAUUCGAGCUGGAAUGGAAGAACGGGGAUGUCACAUGGGAACCAUUCGAACAAGUGCAAGACUUGGAGGCAUUGACAGAAUACCUUGAGGCAAUGGGUGUCCUGGAGGUGUCGAGUCUACCGAUUGGAAAAGGCCAGCCACCACAUAACGAUCCGGAGACGUUUGUCGCGACGAUCGCGAUACUCACGGGUGCUUCAAGUCGCAGGCAGUGGAUCACCAACCAAAUGGGUGGGGCCCCUUCUUUUACGUCAAGCGGUCUCCUUGUGGCGCUCCUAUGCUCCUCGACCAACCUCUUAACCUUGUCAAAUGCUCUCUGCUCUGUUGGUCCCCACUCCCAUAACUUUGUCGAUCCUAUUCUUCGGUUCAGCACUGCCAUCGUGAUGCGGACGGCCUUGAUGCCGUCUGCCAG